UGACAUGGACAUCUUAGGAGAAAGCAACAGUCAUGAAACGCUUGCUAUUAAAGUCAGACCAGUGACUCAUGAUGUAGUCAGUGGUAUUCAAGAGGAGACAUAUGAACAGUUUCUGAAGAGGAAGCAAAAAAGCUCUGAAAGACAAGCUGCCUACAGGUUCCAAUACAGUAAACCAAAAUACUACCUCUUCUACAACAACGGAGCACGAAGGAGUAAAUUAGGAUACAAGAGAGCAUAUUACCUAGACAACCAAGGUGUAAGCAAAUUCCUGUUUCCAGAUAAAUGGUCAAAAAUGGGCUCAGCAGCAUGGGUAAAGUAUCAACUUGCGGUCACAAGACGCCACGAUGACGAGGAUACAAGUACAACACCUUACAACGCUUUUGACCAGGUGGAUCCCGUUCUGAAUUUCGAUUCCUAUAUUUUCGAUGAUGAAAAUAUAACAGACAAGGAUCUGGUCGCCUGGGUUACUGUUGGCAUGCAACAUCUUCCCAACUCUGCGACAGAUGUCCCUGUUACAACAACAUCUGGAAAUACAAUUAGUUUCUACUUAAAACCGUUCAACUUUUUUGACGAAGACCCAUCUACCUCAUAGUAUGAUAAUGUUUUUAUAACACCUGGAGAAAAUGGUGAAGCUGUUGUUGAAGAGAAUGAAAAUAAUGCAAAGGAAAGCUGCUCACAUCCUAAUGAUGAUCCAAACUUUGUUGGAGAAUAUUGG